AUGAAAAUUGCUCGUUAUAUACUUGAACAACUUUUUAAUUGUUGUUUUGAAUUUGUUCAGUUAGAUAAAGUUAUAUUUAAUCCUCAAAUGAUUAAAUUAUUAUUUGAUGAAAACAAAGCAAAUAUGCCUUUACUCAUUCAUUCUCAAAGUGCUCAUCUAUUUGUUUUGACUAAAUCUGAUAAUUGUUUAUUGGAAUUUAUUUUAAAUCAUCUGAUUUCUAAAGAAUUUACUGUGGAUUUUUGGAAAUUCAACAGAAGAAUGCAAAAUUUGAAUAUUUUAUUUAAAAUUUUGACAACUGGAGAAGAUAAAUUUGGAAUAGUUUCAUGUCGACAUGUUCCGUUACAAUUUUAUAAUGAUAUUAUAAAGCAUAUAGAAACAGCAGAAAAUAUUUCGAAAAUGGUGAAGGAAAUUAGAUUUGGUGAUAUUCGUGGAACUCUUAAUUUAAUCCAAAGUGCAGAAAAUGUUGAAAAAAAAGUUGGAGACAAAAAUUUAAAAUCAACAAAAUAUCAACUUUCAAAUAAACACAAUCCAGAAAUGAAGUUUUGUGUUUAUACCCAAGAGGUCCAAAUUACUUAUGGUCGGCCAAGUAAUGAUGUGGAAAUUAAAAGAAUGAAUUGA